ACCGACCCUCCCUUCUGGGGGCUGUGCAGACGGGGGCAACGCGGAGAAAGUAAAUGACUUGUACAAGGUCACGCGGACAGUGAGCAGCCAGGGUGGGAGGGGAACCCUCCGCCGCCAAAUGCUGCGCACAGAAACCCCAUCUCUUUUGCUUUCAGAACCGCAAUCGGCAGAGCAGGUGGUUGAACCAACGUCUACCAUUAACUUGUGUGAGCCUCCGAAAUCACCGCAUCUUUCUCAGACAUUCAGUUCCCAAUCGGUAAUCGAGGGGCUGGACUACCAUUGCGGCUCUCCGUGUGAGGUGCAGAAGAGGAGCUCGGGAGAUUGCUGUCAUCCGGGACUACCGUCUGCACUGCCAUCGCGCCAGGUCGGACCGGCGCAAGGAGGCCAGAUGUCUCAGGACGAGAAGGAGUCGGGGUCGCCCACAGAGAAUCAAGACCAUGGGGAGCUUUCCGUGACUGCAGAGCCUGCAGAGCCCACAGACCCAUCCACUGUGAUCUGCCCACCUCCUACCGUCCCUCCUCCUCCUCCCAUCCUGGUGUCGGUGGCGACAGCUUCCACCUGGUCCUUUCCCACCGAACCGGUGGCCCCCAGCGAGCCGGAAGCCAGCACCAGCGAGGAGGACCCUAAAGCGAGCUCCAGCCCAAGUGGUGGAGGCAAGCAGGCCAUAGGUGAGGAGUUUUGUUUCCUGCUGUGUCACAGCUGUAAAUCAGAAUCGAAAUGCCCCAAGCUCCUAGCGUGCUUACACACCAUCUGCUCCAAAUGCUUGGAGCUCCACGAGCCGGCUGGGAAGUGCCCCAUCUGCCAGUACCCCCACUCCCAGGAGACCAACCUGCACUCCAUGGACAACCUGUUCUUCGAGAGCCUGCUGCGGCGGAUUUCUGUCUACCACAACAUCAUCCAGGGCGGGAAGGAAGCCUCUUGCAACCGGUGCCGGGAGCCGGCCGAUUUCUGGUGUUUCGAGUGUGAGCAGCUCAUCUGCACCAGGUGUUUCGAAGCACAUCAGUGGUUUGUGAAGCAUGAGGCCAGGGCCGUGGAGGAGCUGAGAAAAGAAUCUGCCAAGGAUUUCCUAGAUGGCACCCGGAAAUCCAACAACCUCUUCUGCCCCAACCCUACUCACCGGACUCCGUCCCUUACCAGCAUCUACUGCCGGGGGUGCGCCAAGCCCAUCUGUUGCACCUGCGCUCUCCUGGACAGCAACCACAAGGACCAGUACUGCGCCAUCAGCUCCGAGAUCCAGCAGCGGCAGCAGGAGCUGGUCAAGAUCACCAGCGAACUGAAGACCCAAGAGCAGACCUUCAGCGAGGCCCACGAGAAGAUCCAAGAGGCCAUCACCAACCUGGAGCAGGUGAAGAAGGACACACAGGAGCUGAUCCAUUCUCAGAUCCAAGUCAUGGUGGAGAAGAUCCAGGCGCAGGAGAAGAAGCUUCUGGAGACCGUGGAGGGUCAGUAUCAGGAGAACCACAAGCAGAUGGCGGGGAAGCUUCAGCACCUGACCAGCAUGCUUCAGCGCAUCCACAAUGGCGAGCUCUUGGUGGAAAAGCUACAGCAUUACGCUUCGGACCAGGAGGUCCUGGAGAUGCACUCCUUCAUCCGGGCGGCUCUGGAGAACCUCAACAAGGAGAGGCCUGUGAACCUCCAGACCGCAGUCAAGGUGGAAGAAUUUGCAGAGUGCAAGGCUAAGCUGCAGACUCUGUUUGCCCGAGUCGUCGAGGACAAAGUUUUUGAAGCGGCUAAUCUUGAGAAAGACAAAAAGGAGGGAUCCGCAGAGGCUCCACGCGCCCCCACAGAUGGCAAUUCGCAGGGGCAGCAGGCCAGCUCCCAGUCCAGGAAGAGGAAAUCGGCCCACGGGAACAAAAUAACUGCGCGGAAGAUGAUCAAGAGGGAAAGUGGGGACAGCGAAAGGCACAGGGCAAGCAAGGUCUACAAGCAGCCCCAGACCGGCUCCUCCGGGGCGAGCCAGCCCGCCAAGGCGGGCGCCGGCCCCAACUCGGCCCCCGGCUCUGACGCGCGCCCUGCAGGGGAGUCCAAUAGCGGCGCCCCCUCCGAGGAAGGAGGUAGGCAAGAUAAUCCAAUUGUGGUAAUCAGCAGCUCUGAAGAGACUGAAGAAAGUCAGUCCUCCAGUGAUUUCGGGGACAGCAGCGACCCCGAAGAUCUCAUGGAAUGCUCAGGCAGCACAAGGCCUGCUCCCGGUCACCCCAAUGAAAACCUCAGAGAGUGCGGCCAGGAAAGCCGAUCCCUGGUGUUCUUUGACCUGAAGAUUGACAGCAAAAACCUAGAGAUUCCAGCAAUUUGCCCGAUGUCAUCCAGGCAGGAAGUAGUCCAGGUAUCAGCACCUCUGCCCAAGGGACACUUAAAGAUCUUAGGGUACGGUUCUGAAAUCAUUUUGGGGAGAACAAACCAGGGAGGGGCAACUCACUCCCCAUCUCAGUUUCCUUAUAUGAAAAAUGGAUGUUUGAACUAAAUGGUAGUUAAUACC